AAGGCGAUAUAAAAAAAGUACUGGGGUCACAAUCGUCGUUGAUUUGGACUUGUUUUGGCCAUUGUUCAUUUCGCCCACACUGCUUCACUCGACUGAAAAUGGAGAAUCAGGGUUUUACAUUUUGAAAUUCGGAGGCAAAACAAAGCAAUGGAAGCCAUUCAAUCACUAUACAUGCAUAACCUAAACCAACCUACACUUGAUAAACAGUAUUUAGGGUUUGAUCCUCAACCUCCCGAAGCGGCGUCAUUUUCAUCGGAACCCAAUCUUCAAAACCCUAGUCGGGAUCUCCCAAAAGCUGAGGAAAACGACGUUGAUGAUGAUGAUGAGAUGUUGCUGCGAAUCAUUUUUGAGGAGCUUCAGAAUCUGGUGUUGAACCAGGCGUUCAGUGAAGAGAGAGCAAAAGGAGGUGUUUAUGAAUCUAUUAAGGCAAAAUCUGAGAGUGAAGAUGAAAAAGAUGUGCAAAUGAUAGUUGAAGAGCUUAAGAAUCUGGUGGUAAAUCAGGCAUUCAGUGAAGAGAGAGCUAAAGGAGAUAUUCAUGAAGGAAAUGGAAGAGACGAAGUGGGAAAUGAGUACGGUGGUAAUCAUUAUGAAGAUGGUGCUGGUUGGAGCGAAAAUGAAAAUGUGAUUGAUGUGAAAAAUGAGAAUGGUGGUGAAGUGGUUUCAAGGGAAUGGGGAUUUGAUCACUAUGAAGAUGGUGACUAUAGUUGGAGCGAAAGUGGAAUUGUGGUUGAUGUGGAAAAUGAGAAAGGUGGCGAAGCUGGUUCAAAGGAAUGGGGAUUUGAUCACUAUGAAGAUGGUGACCUUAGUUGGAGCGGAAAUGGAAUUGAUGUGACAAAUGAGAACGGUAGUAAGGCGGGUUCAAAAGAAUGGGGAUUUAAUGCGAAUGGGAGGAGGUUGAAUUACCCGUUAAGGCCUGAUGCUGUGGAUUGUGCUUAUUAUAUGAAAACAGGGACAUGUCAAUAUGGAUUGAAUUGCAAGUUUAAUCACCCUUCCCGAAGACAAAACCAGUGGGCAAUGGAGAAGGGCAAGCAAAGGGAUGAAAGUGAGGAAAGAGCAGGGCUGAUUGAAUGCAAGUAUUACCUAACAGAAGGAGGGUGCAAGUAUGGAAAUGCCUGUAAAUAUAGUCAUAGUAAGAGAAAGGGUGCAAUCUCACCUGUUCUGGAUUUUAACUUUCUUGGCCUGCCAAUUCGACAGGGAGAGAAGGAUUGCCCCUUCUACAUGCGCACUGGGUCUUGCAAGUAUGGAUCCAAUUGCAGGUUUCAUCAUCCUGAUCCUACUACAAUGACUGGAAACAAUCCUUCCCUUGGAUACAACAAUGGUGGAUCUGCUCCAGUACAAAGUGCCUCCUAUUCACCAGUGUCUUCUUGGUCUUCACCACGAGCAUCGAAUGAGACAGCUCCUUUCAUACCAGUGGUAUAUCCAGCAAACCAAGGCAUUCUUCCUCUAAGUCCAGAAUGGAACAGGUUUCAGGCCCCGGUCUAUCAAACCUCAGAGAAGAGCCUACCUACACCUCCAGCAUUUACUAUGAAGGAUCCAGCAACUAAGACGAACAUUUAUUCCCGACCUCAACCACCGUGGCUUGUUGAAGAAUACCCUGAACGUCCAGGUCAACCUGAUUGCAGUUACUUCAUUAAAACAGGAGAUUGUAAAUAUAAGUCUGACUGCAAAUUUCAUCAUCCAAAGACUCAAAAAUCCCUGACAAACCCCCCGAGUGUUCUCAGUGACAAGGGCCUGCCACUAAGACCAGGCCAAGCUAUCUGUUCAUUCUAUAGCCGUUACGGGAUUUGCAAGUAUGGACCUGCCUGUAAGUUUGAUCAUCCCGAACAUAUUGACAACCCAGCGUCUUCUCCUGCGCCUGCUUUUUAUCAGCCUCCAUUUGGCAUUUCAUCUGCAUCAGAUGGCUUGAGGAUGGCGAGGAAAGGAAAUGGAAGUGGCUCUCUAGUACAUCAGUCUGUCUAAGAAAUCUUCGCAUCCAUUUCACCCAGAAUUUAGAACAGAAAUCACAUGGCUCUUUAGCGUUUUGUGUUGUCAAAAGCUCAAGCAAAUAGGAUUUUGUAUAUUAUAGCUUGUUUUAAGACUGCAGGAGGAUAUAUGCAUGACGAUGCAGCAGUAUGUCAUUAGGAACAUUAACUUAAAUCAGAUGUGCAACCUCUUUUUAAUGUUAGUUCUUGCUCGAGCAUGAAAGUUUCAUUUCG